AUGGCAACAAGCAGCUUCACAGACCACCAACCGUGGUAUCAACGCAUCCAAUGGUUUAAUCUUUCCAUGUUGGUUCUCAUCCCUCUUUGGGCUUUUAUCCAGUCACUUUGGGUGCCUUUGACCUUGAAAACCCUGGUCCUGUCAGUCGUAUACUACUUGUUUUCGCUGGGCUCUAUAACAGCCGGAUACCACCGCCUAUGGGCCCACAGAUCCUACACAGCAUCAACGCCCCUCAAAUGGCUUCUCGCCGCGUUCGGCGCCGGAAGUCUCCAGGGCUCAAUCCGGUUCUGGGUGCGCGAGCAUCGCCUCCACCACCGAUACACAGACACCGACCUUGACCCAUACAGCGUGAACAAGGGUCUCCUCCACGCACAUAUCCUAUGGGUUCUCCUCCGUCAGCCUCGGAAUGAAAGAAAACAGCGAGCCCGCAUCAACCUCUCCGAUAUCGACCACGACCCUGUCGUAGUCUGGCAGCAUAAGUAUUACUUCUUAGCUGCCUUCGGCAUGGGCUGGCUGCUCCCCUGUCUGGUAGCCGGACUGGGGUGGAACGAUUGGACGGGUGGGUUUCUUUACGCGGGCGUUCUCCGAGCGUUCUUUGUCAAUCAGGCAACCUUCUGUGUGAACUCUCUUGCGCAUUAUCUAGGCCAUCAGCCGUAUGAUGAUCGGCAUACGCCGCGCGAUCAUCUGCUCACGGCGCUUAUUACCCUCGGCGAGGGGUUUCAUAACUUUCAUCAUGAGUUUCCCUCGGACUAUCGGAAUGGCAUUGAGUGGCACCAGGUCGAUGUGACGAAGUGCUUUGUCGGGCUGGCGGGUGACUUGAAGAGGUUUCGGCAUAAUGAGAUCGCCAAGGCGCGCCUGCAGCAAAGGUUUAAGCGGCUUAAUGAGGAAAAACGACGACUAGACUGGGGCACGCCCCUGGAGGAGCUUCCUGUUAUUGAUUGGACGGAGUAUCAGCGGAGGGUGGGGAUGGGACAAGUGCUUGUCGUUGUUGAAGGCGUCGUGCAUGAUCUUGGGGCAUUCCUAGCUGAGCAUCCCGGGGGUGAGGCUACUGUUAAGGGUAUGUUGGGGAAGGAUGCUACGGCGCUGUUCAAUGGCGGCGUCUAUGACCAUUCUCGUGCGGCUAGGAACCUUCUGGCUACUAUGCGGGUUGCGGUAUUGAGGGGAGGUGGGGAGGUGGAGUGUUGGAAGUAG